CCUCUCUUCACCGCCGUCCCCGCUCACGCCAACUUGUGGCUCGAGCUGGUGUUCUUUACCGCCCGCAGCCCGCAGCCUUUCCCCAGUCUUCGGUCUCGUCUCGCCCCGGCGCCACAGCAUGGCCCUCCUGGCGCGCGCGGGCGCCCGCCGGGCCGCAGGGGCGCUGCCGCGCCGCGCGGCGCCGGCGCUGGCCUGCGCGCGGCCUCGGCGGGCGUUUGCGGCGGAGGCCACCCCCAUUGCCAACGGCAAGGUGUCCCAGGUCAUCGGGGCCGUGGUGGACGUGCAGUUCGAAGGUGCACUGCCCCCGAUCCUCAACGCGCUCGAGGUCUCGGGCUUCGAGCACCGCCUGGUCCUUGAGGUGGCGCAGCACCUGGGAGAGAACAUGGUCCGCACCAUUGCCAUGGACGGCACUGACGGGCUCACACGCGGCCAGGCGGUACAGGACACCGGCUCCCCCAUCAAGGUGCCAGUGGGCGAGGGCACCCUGGGACGCAUCAUCAACAUUAUCGGCGAGCCUAUCGACGAGCUCGGGCCCAUCGAGACGAAGAAGUUCUACGCGAUCCACAGGCCCACGCCGACCUUCACCGAGAUGAACACGACGGCGCAGCAGCUGCUGACGGGCAUCAAGGUGGUGGACCUGCUCGCGCCGUACGCGAAGGGUGGCAAGAUCGGCCUCUUCGGCGGCGCUGGUGUGGGGAAGACCGUGGUGAUCAUGGAGCUCAUCCACAACAUCGCCCUGAAGCACGGUGGCUACAGCGUCUUCGCAGGUGUCGGCGAGAGGACGCGUGAGGGAAACGAUCUGUACCAUGAGAUGAUGGCCAGCGGCGUCAUCAAAAAGGACAAGGCCAAGGGGUCCAAGGCCGCGCUGGUGUACGGGCAGAUGAACGAGCCGCCAGGAGCCCGCGCCCGCGUGGCGCUCACCGGCCUCACGGUCGCCGAGUACUUCCGCGACGAGGAGGGCCAGGACGUGCUGCUCUUCGUGGACAACAUCUUCCGCUUCACCCAGGCGGGCUCCGAGGUGUCGGCGCUGCUGGGGCGCAUCCCCAGCGCGGUCGGCUACCAGCCCACGUUGGCCACGGACCUGGCCUCUCUGCAGGAGCGCAUCACCACCACCCAGAAGGGCUCCAUCACGUCGGUGCAGGCCGUCUACGUGCCCGCUGACGACCUGACCGAUCCUGCUCCGGCCACCACGUUCGCUCACCUGGACGCCACGACGGUGCUGUCGCGCCAGAUCGCGGAGCUCGGCAUCUACCCGGCCGUCGACCCCCUGGACUCCACCUCCCGCAUGCUGGACCCCUCGAUCGUCGGGCAGCGCCACUACGACAUCGCCCGCAGCACCCAGAAGAUCCUGCAGGACUACAAGUCCCUCCAAGACAUCAUCGCCAUCCUCGGCAUGGACGAGCUGAGCGAGGAGGACAAGCUCACCGUCGCGCGCGCUCGGAAGGUGCAGCGCUUCCUGUCGCAGCCCUUCUUCGUGGCCGAGAUCUUCACCGGCACCCCGGGCGCCUUCGUGGACCUCGAGACCACCAUCAACGACUUCGAGGAGGUGCUGUCUGGCGCCUGCGACGACAUCCCCGAGGCCGCUUUCUACAUGAUCGGCGGCAUGUCGGACGUCAGGGAGAAGGCGGCCAAGCUCGCGGCCAUGGCUGCCAAGUGAGUGCGCGACGCGGGGAACGGCGCGGCGCGGCGCCGCAUCCACUAUGCGCGGUGUGAGCGCGAUGGUCAGAAAUGCAGAACUGGGCGGCAGAGGACGCUGAACAGAAGAGCGGACGAGUGACGUGAGCGUUGCCUUGGACUGCGCACGCGGGAGGCCGGAAGGGACCCCGAGGGAGACCAAACGGAA